AAGUGACCCUUGCGUCAACACCCCAGUGACCCAACCCAGUUACCACAAAAACUACGGAUACAAAGAGCCCCCAAAUCCCUUCGCGUUCCUCGCUUCCUCCUUUCGAUCAUCAGAUUCACGAGCCUCACUCCAAUAACCACACCUCUCUCAACCUAAUCCCACUUCGUCCACCAUGGCCAUCGGCGGUCUCAUCCUCAAGUUCGGCCAGACUGGCCUGCGCUUCCUCGAAUUUGGCUGCGCAGCCAUUGUCCUCGGCAUCUACAGUUACUUCCUCUCUGUCCUGGCCGACAAGAACAUGCACAUCCCAACAUGGGAGAAGGCUGUUGAGGGCAUGGCGGGCGCUGCCUGCUUGUACCUCAUCUUCUGCAUCCUCCUCACCCUCUUCAUCGGCGGCAUUCCCGUUUUCGCCGUCCUCGCCAUCAUCCUCGAUCUCUGCUUUGUUGGCUGCUUCGCCGGCAUUGCCUACUACACUCGCCACGGCGCCAACUCCUGCAGCGGCAUUGUCAACACUCCUCUCGGCACUGGCCUCAAGAGUGAGAACGCACCUGGCGCGGGAGAUUGGGGAUAUGUCUGCAGCUUGAACACCGCUUGCUUCGCCGUCUCCAUUGGCGCCAUCCUCCUCUUCCUCCUCACCGCCGUUGUUCAGUUCAUGCUCAUGCGCCACCACCAGAAGGAAAAGAAGUUCGGACCUGGCCCAUCCAACAACUACACUAGCGGAUCUGGAAAACGAUCAUUCUGGAAGCGCAACAAGCAAAACAAGGGUACUCGCGAUGCCGAGAUGGCCACUGCUGCUGGUGCUGGCGGUCUUGCUGCUGCAGAGCACCACCACCACGACCACCACGGUAUUCGACCAAGCCACGAAACUGGCAUGACUGGCUCGACUGUUAACAACAACGGCCAAGUACCUUAUGCAUCCGAGCCCAAGUACGGUCAACCAGGCUAUGGUGAGACCGGUUAUGGUCAAACCGGCUAUGGCAUGAACGAGACCCGUGGUGCUGCGCCUGUCAACCAUGCUGUUACUGGCACCAACUACUAGAUCACCUGAUCGCUUGAUCGAUUGAUCGAACAAUGCAUCCAACCCAGAAGGCAUCAAUGUCACCACCAUCUAAUAACUCUUACGGAGUUCGGGAAGGAAAGGAAGCCAAGUGUUCCGGAUGUUUAUGAGCAAGAUUGUAUCAACAGCACUAUCAACAUGCAGCACCUUGUGGUUUUGCAAGAGCAGAUACGACGUUUACGAUAGAUCCUAUCCCUACCCUGCUUAUUAGCACUUAAUAUCAAUUCAAAAAUUACAAAAUCA